AUGGCCUCCCGCGAUUCGCCCGGCUCCCCCCUUUCCUCUGUUGGCACUGCAGACGACUCGGAUCACGAGUCCGUCAAGCAGGAAAGCCGCGCUUAUUCACCGUCAGCAUCCAAUAUGCCUCCAUCAAAACGGCGGCGAACAGGAGGAGUAGCCUCAUGGGAUAGAAAUACACCACUUUCUUCUAUUCAAGAUGAUGCGCCUCCUCCAGCCUCGCCAACAGCCUCCAUCUCCUCCGACAGCUCUGGCGAUGUUCCCAACUCCCCUAGCCUUAUGGGCCUUCUCGGCCACAACCAGGACGACGAUUAUAGUGGUCAAAGUGGUGAUCAGGUUACCGUAUGCCGGUGGGAUGGAUGCGUGGUUGGUGACCUCGGCAACAUGGAUGGCUUGGUGCAGCACCUCCAUCAUGAGCACAUCGGGAGCCGACAGAAGCGGUACUCGUGCGAGUGGACCGAUUGCACGCGUAAAGGUCAAACACACGCCAGUGCAUAUGCACUUCGUGCUCAUAUGAGGAGCCACACUCGAGAGAAGCCAUUCUACUGCACUCUACCUGAAUGUGAUCGCAAUUUCACCCGCUCCGACGCUCUUACUAAACACAUGCGCUCCGUCCACGAAAUCGACUCCCUCCGUCAAGCAGAAACAAAGUCAAAUGCUGGUGCUGCCCCUAGUACACCUGCAUCCAAGCUGCAGCGCAUCCGGCUUAAGCUCUCACACCCAUCGAAGGAGUUCGGCGCCGAAGGCGAUACGCCACACGACCACAUAAUUUCCAUGAGCGCCGCGCCCCCACUAGACCCCGACGCGGAUGAUAAUAUGAUGCCUGAAUAUGGACCUGAACUCGGGUUCGAGGAUUCAGAGCUCAAUAUGCCCCCCCACGACUUGUAUAGACUGCUGCGCCGUCAGAUCUUCUGGGCAGAGAACGAGGGCAAUCAGUUGCGUACACAGUGGGAUGAGAUCCGACCACUGCGUGAACGCGCGUGGCUCGAGAAAGAGGCUAUUCUCGAUGACCUUAUUGAUGGGGAAUUGAGACUAUUUAGUGCCAUUGUUGGCGGUGCGGAGCCUGUGGUUCCGCUUGUCCCGGGGUCGAACCCAUCGACUAGCCUUGAGAAGCUACAGCAGCAACAGCGGCAGUUUGCGCAGCAGCAGGAGCAAAUGAGGGCUAACUCGGUGGAGAUGGAAGCCGAAGUUGAGAUGGAUCCAGAACCGGAAGCAGAGACAGAGGAGGCUAUUGCCGCUAUCUAG